AUGGCACUAGCGAUCAACGUUUCUUCUUCAUCUUCUUCUGUGAUCUCAAGCUCUAGCUUCCCUUCUUCAGAGCUUAAAGCUCCACAAAUCGGUUCGUUGAGAUUGACGGAUCGUAUCAAUGUCUCUGCGGCGUCUCUGAGUAUGUCCGGGAAACGAUCCUCGGUGAAACCUCUUAAUGUUCAGUCACUUACAAAGGAAUCGAUUGUUUCUCAAUCAGCAUCCAUGGUGGCUUCUGAGGUUACAGAGAAGCUAGAUGUUGUGGAAGUAGAAGACUUUGAGGAGCUAGCAAAGAGUCUAGAGGAUGCUUCUCCUCUUGAAAUCAUGGACAAGGCUCUUGAGAAAUUCGGAGAUGACAUUGCAAUCGCCUUUAGUGGAGCAGAAGAUGUUGCUCUCAUCGAGUAUGCUCAUUUAACUGGAAGACCCUUUAGGGUUUUCAGUUUGGACACAGGGAGGUUGAAUCCAGAGACAUACAGACUCUUCGACACCGUGGAGAAACACUACGGUAUUAGAAUCGAGUACAUGUUUCCGGAUGCUGUUGAGGUUCAAGCUUUGGUUAGGAACAAGGGUUUGUUCUCUUUCUACGAAGAUGGUCACCAAGAGUGUUGCCGUAUCAGAAAGGUGAGACCUUUGAGGCGUGCUUUGAAAGGUUUACGCGCUUGGAUCACUGGUCAAAGGAAAGAUCAAUCACCGGGAACAAGAUCAGAGAUCCCUGUUGUUCAAGUUGAUCCGGUGUUUGAAGGAUUAGAUGGUGGAGCUGGAAGUUUGGUGAAGUGGAAUCCUGUUGCGAACGUCGAAGGGAACGAUGUUUGGAACUUCUUGAGGACGAUGGAUGUUCCCGUCAACACGCUUCAUGCUGCAGGGUAUGUUUCCAUAGGUUGUGAGCCGUGCACGAGAGCGGUUUUGCCGGGACAGCACGAGAGAGAAGGGAGGUGGUGGUGGGAAGAUGCGAAGGCUAAAGAGUGUGGACUUCACAAAGGGAACAUCAAGGAGAGUAGCAACGGAAACGCAGCCGCUAGUGUCAACGGGACAUCCACGGUCGCGGAUAUUUUCAAGAGCGAGAAUGUUGUGAGCUUGAGCAGGCAAGGGAUUGAGAAUUUGAUGAAGUUGGAGAACAGGAAAGAGGCUUGGAUCGUCGUGCUUUACGCACCGUGGUGCCCGUUUUGUCAGGCGAUGGAGGCUUCGUUUGAUGAGUUGGCGGAUAAGUUGGGUGGAAACGGCGUGAAGGUGGCUAAGUUUAGAGCUGAUGGUGACCAGAAGGAGUUUGCUAAGAAGGAGUUGCAGCUCGGAAGCUUCCCGACAAUACUUGUGUUCCCCAAGAACUCCUCAAGACCGAUCAAGUAUCCAUCUGAGAAGAGAGAUGUCGAUUCUUUGACAUCCUUCUUGAAUCUUGUGCGGUAA